AUGAACUUGUACGUUUUGUUAGGAAAACCCGUAUACCGCCGCUGGUUUCUAGAUGGCAGUGAUCCAAAUGUGAGGUUAGUGGGGUUAUAUGUAUCUGGUUUGUUCAAUGUUGGGGGCGAGGCGGGGGCGGGGGGGGGGGGGGGGGGGGGNUGCAGGUGGCAUUACACUCAUAGCAUUGACUGUUAAUUUUUGUCUCAUAACUUAGGAUUCGAGGGUAAAAUGGUGGUUAGAACGUUCCUAUGACAGGUAAUUCUUUUAUUCACAGCUAGAUUCUAUUCAUUGCUUUUUGUUAUCUUACAGGUAUUUUGGUACCGUUAACUAUACUAAAGGCUGGUGUCCCGGAAGCAAAGCGGCGACUUUCAGUCAGAAUGGUUCCUAUGCUACUGUCCCUAACAUCAACAUAACAACCUGUGACUUUACAAUUGCGUUUUGGGUAAAGAAUAAUGGUGUUGACGGGCCUAUACUGGCACUUUGGUCAAAGAGUGGAAAACUAUUUUAUGUUACGGUCAAGAAUUCCCGACUCAUUUUAUCGAUACACAACACUUUCCACUUACACAUCAAUUACUGGAAUCACGUAGCGGUAACCUGUCAGCUACAUAAGAUCAAGGUGUUCGUUAAUGGUACGGAGGAGGCAUUGAUGAACGAAUGGAAUGAGUAUUUCUUCUCAUCGUUAGGCCGUUAUCAGUCAGAGUACAUCAUAGGGAAUGAUCCAGAUUUCGUCCAGUUGCCAAUGGCAAAUGGGGUGUUUGUUGGAGCAGUCAUGGAUUUUUAUGUAACUGGAAUAGCUUUAUCCGUGCAGCAGAUUGGUGACUUAAUCAAAGGCAAGAGUAGUAUCUAAAAAAAUGCACUUGUAUAUUAAUUAUUUGAGUGUUAAUGCAUUUAGCACGAAAGUACUAAUUGGGGACACUAUUUUAUUUGGCCAUUUGCUGACAUUACGAUGUCGGACAUCGAGGAGGCAGCAACAGAGAAUUCACUUACUGACUUGAGUGACAAUGAUAUUGAAAUUGAAAUUGAAAUUGAAUAAGUACUAAUAAGAGACUUCCCCGAAGACGGAGUUUUCUUCAGAGUAUUUUACAGAAACCUUUCUUUGUUAAAUCUUCGCGUUUUGUUAUAGCCAUUUAUUGUUUUGUUGCAAAAUAAACAUACUACACUUGCUGAAAAUGGUGAAAAUUUAAUAGGCGCCAAGCCUCGAAUAAGCGCCCACUCUCAAGGUCCAAAAAUUAAUUACAGGCAAAUUUAAGUGACAAAAUUAAUUUUUUGUCCGCUUAUUGUCACAUUCAUGGGACCUCGGCCCCGCAGGAAUUAACCAAGAACUUUUUUUAAAGGACUCAACGCAUGCGCAUAAUUAACUCGGUUACUUAAGAUGGCGCCGGUGUGCUGGCUGUUAAUUGUUUGAGUUUUAGAAGUUGUUAGAUAGUUUUUUAGGUUUAGUGGUGUACCUUUCUACAUUCAUCUAUCACUGCAAAUACAUCAGUGGAAAUCACUAAAUAAUCGCAGUAUUAUUCUCAUUAAUUAAAGGCAAACCAAUUACACCCGUGAUAAACAACAAGGGGUCAGUAAUACAUGGUUGCAAAGUCAAUGUAACGUGGAGUAUAAAAGAAAUAUGCACCAUAAAGAAGACCAGCGUACGGUAUAGGGAGAUAAAGCCACUAGGCGAUGAAGCUGAAUGGAGAGAAUUUAAGGUUCCUGCAACCACCUUUCAUCUUUUACCUCUGGAAUGCGACAAGGGGUAUGAAAUUGGAGUGUCUUCCUGGUUUGAAGAAGUUCAAAGCGACUGGUCAGUUUCUUGGAAAUUUAAAACCCACUCUGCAGGUGCGACAUUACCUUAUGUAUGUCCAAUAGCUGAUAGGGAUUUGGUAUUGACACUAAACCAUAAUCACUCAAACCUCUGCGAGCGCCCAUAAACUGUACACUUCUAGAGAGGCGGGCACUCGCUUCUGCUCCCUCAGAAGCCACGUGGACAGUAAAACAAAUCACGACGGAAUUUACCACAUGAGAGUCUUUAGAUGUUUCAAGAACAACAGUAAAAAUGAACAGAUAAGCCUCCGCUUAUGGGGAGGUAAUCUGUAAUUUUUAUUCUUUUAGCGAUAGUUCUCCUUCAAAUAGCCUGUCAUGACAUUGUAUGUUUACAUUUUUCAUGGCCAUCUUCAGUUUGGGCGCCUAAGUUGACAAAUUGGCGAUGAAACCAGCAAAAAUUGAACAACUUCUUUUAUCGAAACCAUUUUUACUGAAAGAGGUAAAGAAGCAUUGUACAACCUCUUUUCUUUUCUUUUUUUUUUUCAUUAUUGAGAAAGAGGUGGUAGUGGAUACGUCAAUCUUCAGGGGAAAUGAUAGGAGACUAUUUAUCCUGUUAAAUUUCAGAAAAUUAGCUGGGUUGGUAAAUUUAUGUUGAUUCAUUUCAAGGUUAUGAACGAUCAAAGUCAACCCGGGUACUUUGUUUGCCCCAACCCACCCCUUAUCUUAACAAGUCUGUAAAUGCUAGAUUGGCACCCAGCUUAGGGCAGCAGCUUCCCUUCCCCACUUCCUCCCCCCGCCCUCUCAGGCCUAAGUACUAAUGGUGCAUUUCAUAGAACUUAUUCUAAAACAGGAAAACAUUCUGGAUUACUCCGUAAUAAACUUUUCAAAAAAAUCGUUCUGUUUUCAAAGAUGUUACAGAGAUGACGUCAAUGCAAUAAUCUACAUUGUUGGCAGGAGAUAAAUUAUUGUUUUUUGGUUUAUUUUGUUACGUUUUGUUUCGUUUUGUUUUGUUUGUUUAUCUCUAAAGAAAGAUUUGACGGACGAAAAUUGUCAUAUGAUUAUCAUUUGCCUUUUUCCUUGAAAAAUAACUUAAUUUGGAAAGUGCGGGAAGCUGCUCAAAAUUAGAGGAUAUGGUGACUGAGAAAUAGCUUCUUUGAUUUACUUUCCUCGUGUAAGGAAAUACGUCUUUCAUCUGCUCCUGUAAACCUUUUCAUGAGGAGAGCGCCGGGAGCUUCAGAAGCCACAACGGCGACAGCGGCGAAAACGUCACUUAAAAACCGAACUCACGCUUUUUCAAACUUUAUCGCUCUUACUUCGGCUCCAUCCCGUUUAAGUUGCGAAAUGUUGGCCGAUAUUCAUACUGGUUAAAUUCUGAAGAAUAGUAUAUCAUUUUAUAAAAGAAAAUCGCUGUCAUGUGUUCAAAUCCUCCAUAAACGUAAAAUUUGGCAGUCACACGCCGUGGUCGUAUAAUGACGGCGAAGAGGUGGAACGUUACUAAAACGGGGAAAGGGGAGCAGAGAACGAGAGCAAGGGGAACGGGAAAACAAAAAGUGGGGAACAAACAGAGAAUAAAUUGGAAAUGAAUUUACUGAGUGGGCUAGGGUUGAAGUUAGGUUUUGUUCCCAUUUUUCGUUUUCCCGUUCCCCGUGGUCGUUCACUGUUUUAGUAACAUUCCAGAGAACUGUAUAAAAAAGCGUGUUUGCACGUGCAAAAUUGUUGUUCUGCUAAUACAGGUGACAAACCAAAUGCCUUUAAUUUUUGCCUUUGUCGUUGCCCUUUCGCUUAUUAAUAACCGAAAACGUCUGCCAUUUCUCUUGUUAUUGUAAUUAUUCUGAUUUAUGCUCUCCGAAAUAUAAUAGGAAUGAUGAAAACAAUAAAAAAAUUAAGAUUAUACGCGAUAUGUAUAUAUUUGUAUUCCAGAACAAGGUUAAUCGAGGAAAUCCUAAACAGGUGCCCUAAUCCCACCCCUCCUUACUGAAUAUACGUACGUUACAUUCAUCCAUCAUCCUUUGUAGAAGAAAUUCUAAAGAAAGAUUUGACGGACGAAAAUUGUCAUAUGAUUAUCAUUUGCCCUAAUCCCACCGCUCCUUACUGAAUAUACGUACGUUACAUUCAGGGUAACUAGAAUCAUCCAAAAAUACCGCUUUUUUAUAGCGAAUGCUAACAACUCUCCUCAUACAUCAUAGCAAUCAUGCCGCCAAACAAGCAACUAGUCGAUUAUUUACAUAAGCUUACUUCUUCACACGAUCGUACGCUCAGGUAGGUUAAGGCCUGGGUCUAAGUCAUUUAUGAUUUUUAUGUACAGUUUGCAAAACCUAUUGUUAAAGACAUCCACAAGGGACAAUUAUGGUGAGGUAAACUAAACUUAAAAAACUUGAAAAAAAUUAUUAUUUUGGUCAGGUGAUCGACAACGCCCUCUAUUGUUUGAAAAUUGUAACCAACGAUUCUCACCACUUGCCAAACAAGUAGCUCCAGUUUCUAUGUAUCAAAACAUUGUCCCUACAAAGUGUCUACGAAAUCAGCUCAGAAUGGUUCGAAGCAUUACAAUUAGCAGGUGCAAUUGGUGUUCACUGACUAGUCCCAGUCCUCCUCCAAUUAAAACUAUCGACAGGAGAAAGACGUUUAUUGACCUCGCCUCAUUCCGAUUGUUUUUACAUGAAGACUAUUAGUAGCCACUUUUUGGACCUACUGAACGAAAACGGUCUACUCUCUUUCUGGUGGGAAUUUCGAUUCAAAGGAUUUCUCGAUAAAACAGGGUGUAGCUAGUCACGUGAUGCACUUAUAAACAAUUUCUAAAAUGAAAUUGGAAGAUUUCUUGGUUAUAGUUGGCCUUAAAUUGUCAGUCAUGGGAUAUCUUGAAAAUACUGUACGUUAUACCACCCGCCUUUAAAAGUUCUGAAAACUCUGUAAUGACCCAGGCUUUAAUCGACUUGAGCGAAAUGAUUUGCCGGCACUCACCAAGAAUCCACUUGAACUGACCUGUCAAGUCUUUCCCGUGGUUCUCGCUCUAGCUUAUGAUUUUGUUCAACUUCUUCUUCCUUCUUUUUUAACCAUUCUUCAUCCAAGGGUUCAUCGCCAUGUACCAUGUCAUCUUCCAGGCUUUCAAAUUCUGAAGAACGAAGCUACCCUUCAAAGAAGAGCUCUCAUCUCUUAAGUAAGCUGCCCCGGGUGCUACCUAAGCAUUAAAGCUACUUUUUCAAUGAUGUGUAUAACUGUUACAGUUCUUAACAUUUACGAUUGCUUGUAUCCCUCAGUGACCAGAGAGGCUCCUACCAGUAAAAGUGAUGCUACAGGAGGCUCCCCUAUCGCUAAAAAUGAUACUGCAAAGAUUGCCUGGAUAAUAUUGGGAGUUUCCGUAACUCUCUCUGCAGCUGUGGUGGUGGGGAUAAUUGUCUACCGUAAGAGAGCAAAGAGGAAUAAACGGUAUUUCAUUCAAAUGUUAUUAUCACUCAAAUUUAGAAUAUUAUGCUUUGUUGCUGAAUUGUACUAUGAUAAAAAUAUACAUACGGAAUAGGCGAUAUUGUUUUUUUGUAAGUGUCUGGGCGUGUCUAUCUGGUGUCUUACUCACUCCCAAGCCACAAGUGACCUUUCUUACAGGCCAAGGCAGUGUAUCUUUUGAACAAAUUGUAUCUACUAGAAAGCCGUCCCUGAUUUAAACAAUACCACAAACCCAAGAUUAAUGACGAGAAAUUUCAUUUACAUUCAAUUUGCACUUUGAUCCAGUGAGUCCGACAUAACUGAGCCUGUGUUGCUGGAAGUCCCACCCGAACGGGUUACUACCAUGGAGGAACUGGGACGAGGUGCUUUUGGAAUAGUUUAUAAGGGCGUGAUGAGGGAGCUACCUGAAAAUAUGACGUCCCUGAAACGCAAGGAUCACAGUUUGGAUUCGUAUGAGGGACGUAUUGUUGCCACAAAAGUUCUACCAGGUGCGUGAAUUCAGAAUAUGCAAAACGAUUUACGGGAACCAUACUCUUAACAGGUUUGAAUAAUUUAAUCCGAUGGGCAGCAAAUAUUAUAUUGUGGGAAACAGCAUCUCAAUACCCCAAUCAGAAACAGGGUGGUGUACCUCAGGGGUCCAUUUUAUGUCCUUUUUUUUCCUACGUAUGUUAAUGACCUCCCAUUUUUUUUCUACCCCUAGAACGGCUCAACAGAAUUCUUUUUAAAUCUCAUCACAUAAUCUUCAUGAUGUAUAUAAUAACGUCUGAAACUUUCAUUGAGAUGAAUAUUGCAACGAACCGGCCAAAAAGCCGCCUUAAAACUGUUUUGACGUUAUACUAAUUUUUCCAAAUUAAUGCGGACCAAACAUACCUCCAUGAAUAGUACAUUUCAGUGCGAAUAUUGUUAACGUUUUACAUUCAAAAGAUGCAAUAAAAUUCAAACUGAAAUGUACUAGUCAUUGAGGUAUGUAUGGUCCACAUCAAUUUAGAAAAAUUAGCAAAACGUCAAAACAGCGAUUGUUGUAACUCGAGCCGUUCUAGAGAUAUACAGAAAAGCGCUAAAAAUCAAAAUUUAGAAUAAAGUUGCAGUUAAACAGGCAGUGAGAUAACAGUUUAAUAGUUUUCAGAAUCGCAUGAAAGAAAAUACACCAAAAUUUCCGAGCAGCGAAAUAUGAUAUUAAGCAUCAUUCUGACGCUACUUAAAAUCAAGUUAUUUAUAACUUUUAUAUUUAGGAAAGGGUCCAGAUAAGAACGAUAGCAACAACGGCAACGAACAUGUUGGAAUGCAAAAAAGGUGCUAACUUUUCUAUUGUCUGUACUUACUUCUGAUUGGCUUAAGCAGCAAAAGUUAACAAAACUUCGUAAAGCAGUACAUAUAUUCAUCCUUACUUUCCAACCAUCUUCCAUAUAACAAAAUCUGGUCUCAGUUUGAAUAACAAAGAAAUCCUAUGUGGGGAACAUGUAAAAUUGUAAACUUUGCUUGGCUAUUGUUUUCAACUCUGAUGAUUGGUCAAAAUGCUUUAACACAAAAAAACACCCCUUCAAAGUGGAGUGUAAAUGCAUUUUAUUGCGUAAACGGACUUCAUGUAGGUUUAUGCAUUCUCUGUGUAAAAAUGAGAACAUUCCUAUGUGGGGAAAGCACUGUUGCCGCAUAACAAAAGAAAUUGCUAUCCACCUUACCCGGAUCAUUACUUAACAAUUUAUCACGGCUACUGAAAAUAUAAGGUUUGAGAUACAUUUACGUUUUAUUUGAAAUCAAACAUACAGAAUUCUUUUGUUUUCACGGAGGUUAUUUGCUAAACACCACACUUUAAGUUUCUGGGAACGGAUUUUCAGUAGCAGGUCUAGAUCGCGCAAAAUUCGGUUUUUAUCGAUUUCAAAGUUUCUUGUUGAUUGUGGCCAUAAUGAUAUCGAUUUUACUUAAAACUGCACUUUGACAAACUUCAAUCUAGAGUUAAAGCCAGAAGCGAAAAUUUCAUAGCAAUCGGACAAGGAUAAAAUCACUGUUAAGGCGAAUGAAAAAUAUUGGUAUGGUCUCCGAAAAGCUUUAUCGAAACACCUUAACUCCGGCCUAUAAUCAUCAUUUGUUUCAAACUUACAAACCGAUUAGGAGUUUACGAUCAUCAACCAUGAACUUGCAUUGUUAAUGAAAGCCAGAUCAAGGUUAAGAUUUAAUCGGGCGAUCAUGCUUUUUCGUUUUGUACCCUAUACUUUGGAAUGAUUCUCCAGAGCACAUAGUUUGUAAACUAGAGUUUGAAUAUUCGUUCUUCUAAGAGCAAUCUUAAAGCUUUAAAAACGUCUAGGAGUCAUUUUUAUUUUGCAGUUUUUUUUUUACCAAUUUUUUUUUUGUAAUUUAACGAGUUACUGCUUUGUAGUCGUUUAAGUUUAAAACAUUUAUUGCAAAGCGCCUUUGAGCUUGAUGAUGAUGACGAUGACGAUGACGAUGACGGUGCGUCGUAACCCCUUGAUGAAACCCAAGUACUGGGAUGUCCCUGUCUAUGCAGAGUCAAUGAAAGUGAGACCAAUUGGAUAGAUACGUAGGGAUUACAAAUGUACACUCAAGGAAAGUCAUAUUACUGGAGAUAAACAGCCCGUGGGUGGAGAAUAGGGAAGCAGUUAAAGAACACAAAAGGUAGCGACUAGAAUUAAAGAGACAAGUUUCCGUAGCAUUUACGUAGGUCAGUUACUGGAUUUUUUUAAAAUGUCUCUCUUUUUUUUUUUCAGAAAAUGCGACAGAGGAGGAAAAACGGCAGUUAGUUCGGGAAAUUGAGCUGAUGAAAGAAGUCGGAACACACCGUAACAUUGUGAGCAUGCUCGGGUAUUGGAUCCAGUCACCUCCCAUUAUGUUAAUCAUGGAAUAUGUUCCAAACGGAGAUCUUCUUCAGUGGCUCAGAAACAAAAAGCAACAGGUAUCAUUAUUUUAUCAGCUGUAUCAAUAAAAAUUUGCUGCCCUCUUUUUUGCCUUUUGUUUAAAAAAUCCCUGCUCUCCAUUCGCAGUAGCGCUGCGCGUAAGUACUAUUUGUAGAACUGAAACUCAGACAAACAAAUUCCUCAAUUUUGUUUGUCUUUUUGCCAUCAAAAUAUCACGUUUGUCUGAUUUUUGUCAUGGAAAUGACAAAAAUGGCAGAAGUCAGACAAACAUUGCAAAUUAGUCACUCUGACGUCAUUAGUAUGCUGUGCUGUACUUUAAUUUUCAAAUGAACAUCGUGCUGCGAGGUUAUGUUCUUUUUCUUACAUUGUGUGGUCUCUUAAGGCAGAAGGAAAGCCCUCUAUCUCAUCACACGUCUAAAAACCAUGAUCGUCUUCAGCAAAAAUAAUAAGAUGCUAAACAACUUGAUGUGAGCAUUUGUACAUGUUACCUAUAAUUUAAUGCUCAAAGACAGAGGUGCACUCAAAAAUGUAGAUAUUUAUGACAUUCGCAUUUUUCCAAACGCGGUUUAUACAGCCAGACCUUCUUCUGUUUAGAUGCUAUUCAUAUAUUCGGAAAACAAAGAUCGGUAAAUACACAAAAAUUUGUGUUAAAACGGAGUUAAUUAAGUCAAGCCUGUCCUGGUAAGAAAAUAGAAUCAGUUUAGGUUUCUGGGAACCUGCCCACCUAUCCCUCCCCUAAGCCAACAAUUUUCCCUAAGUGAGAAGUAAGUGUUUUGACACUAAAAUGCUAUCUUAGGGGAGGGGUAGGUGGUCAGAAAAGAGACAAAAUUUGACGUUUCGAGCAUUUCCCCCAGGGAGACCUCCCUACCGCCCGAUAGUAUGAGGGUCUACAUCCUUACAUAGGGUAUCGUUGUUGCCCUUGUUGGCUCUGUGUUGAUACUUCGAUAGGGUACCGUUAUUCUAUCAGGUAAAAUUCAAGUGCGUAAAUGCCCAGCAAACAAAAAACAAAUCAUCUGUUAAAACUGAACUUUACCCUAGGGCCUAUUAGGACCGCGAUUUAAGGAAAUUUUUUUGUGUUUUUUUGAUUUAUUCUUAGUUUUUGUUUUUCCCUUCAACUGGGCCUCAUUUUCCAUGUAUGGGUCUUAAAUAGGAUAUUGGUUUUUCAUAUCACUCGUUUUCACUCAAGUACCUCGAACUCCAAAUCAUUUUCCCCUGCCGCGACAUUGGACCCGCGACCGCGACUUUGGACCCGCGACCGCGACAUUGGACCCGCGACCGCGACUUUGGACCCGCGACCCGAGACCCGCGACCUGCGACCCGCGACCCGCGACUAUUAGUCAAACUCGUGUUUAAACCAACCUUUUAUAAUUUUUAUACACCACAUUUGAGGUGAAACAGUACUAUUUAUCAUACAGAGCUCGGACAGAAUGCGUUAUUUCACAAUUUUUCAAGACAAAUUGCACUCAGUCAAUAUUCAGGACGAGCCAAACCGUUCAAAAAUUUCAGAAAAUUUCCAAAAUCACCCAUACGGCCAGUUGGUUCUCGUUUCUAUAGUGCGAGCUGUCAGUGUGGUCGAGUGUUUGAAUGAACUUUAACAGAGUUACUCUUCAACAUAAUAGCGAAUUUAUUAUUAUUUGUUUUGUUAUUAAAUGGUUUCAAUUAUAGCGAUGUGUAAUCUUAUAAAGCGUUUGAUACGCGCGACAUUUUUGAGUACUCCUGCAAGCGAUGGUCAUGAACUUUGAAAACAAACGGCACGGACAAGCGAUUAAAAUUGCAAGAGAGACUACUAACAAUCAAAAAAAGAGAUAUAAUUCCGUGAAACAUUUACAGAGACAACAAUUUUCAUUCACGAAGACAAGUAUUAAAGUGUCUCUAAAAAUCCUAAGUCUUUUAGCGUAAAGCUUAAGUUUAUGUUUCAGCCGGUUUCCCGGCGCGGUGUUUGCUGUUUUCGAAGGUGAGCUCCUCGAGGCAAGAAAAUCGCUCAAAAUUUUCUUUCUACAGCCAAAUUUAUAACUACAUAUUCUUCGGAACGUUUUCUUUCCAUUUGUGGUGAGCAAAUAUAUCUGAAGGCUUUUUAAAGUUCUGUAAGCUUAUAUCAAACCUGAUACUAGGUCAGAUCAUUGACUCAAAUCCUACAAACGUGCAUAAACUUGCCGCAUAAACUGUCAGCGUGAACUGUCCAAGACUUCAUGAAAUACAAACAUCAAAUACAAUAAUUACUUAGGCUUACCAUUCGAGAUUCAGUUCCUGAAAGCCAUCAAGGGAGGCCACAGUUGCUUGAGACUUUUAAACCCUCUUACGCAUUAAGCAAGGUGAAAAACGAAAACGAUGCCAUCCGAAAUCGAAUUACCGAAUUUUGACAAGCGACGCAUUUCUCAACCAAAACCCAGUAAACAAACCAGCCAUGAAUAACAGAAGACACUUCAUAGCAGCUGUAUUUCAUUUUGUACAUCCAGAGGAAAAAGACAGUUAAAACAUCACAAGUUGACACAAAACUCUGUCAGCUUCAGCUGUCAAAGUAAACUACUUUCAAGAUGCUGCAUAAUUUUUCCGCAUGAACUCACCUGUCAAAUUUUGACCAAUCAGAGUAUAAAAAUUGGACGUAGAGCGUGACCAACGCGUGACCAUGGUAAGAUAAGGUCUUCCCCGCCUGUACUUUUAAAAAAACUGGAUGAAUUUUCGCUUCCGAGGUCAGUUUGAAAUCAAAAUCCUAAUAGUGCGGGGCCAUAGGGACAAAAACACAACAUAUUUGAUAUGAAUCCUUGGAAAAAAUAAACUUGAGCCUGCGAUCAUUUGAAACUGGUAAUUUGUCAGCGGAUAACUUUAAAAAAUACUCGACCUCGAUGGGUGGACACUUGAGCCCGCGGUACGGUCAGGUGAUACUGGUCAGCGGAUACCCUGUUUUGAUAGCUGUCAAUCGAUCACAGCAUUGAUGUGCAGCCUGUGCAAUUAGUUUUCUCUUGGGCUCCCAAACUAGCCAAAAGUGUGAGAUUAAACAUUGGUUUUCCUGUGGUGCGGACGGACGGGCGGUCGGUGUACGGUCACGUGAUUACCAAAUUUUCUGGGAUGGGUAGAUUUACUUAGCAAUGGGGCUCCGCCCACGCGCGCGCUUCGCGCGCGCGUGGAGCUUCGGUAAAAUCGAGCUUCCAUUUUAAUUUCAUAUUGGAAAUUUUUUCUUGAUCUAAAGGUAUCUGGUAACUAAAAAUUGUUUGAGAAAUAAUUUCAUUUCUCUUCCAGGAAUACUUGGCCAGCAAGGGAUUCAUUCAUCGUGACCUAGCAGCCCGUAAUAUCCUACUUGGUGAGGACAGAGCGGUGAAGAUUGCUGAUUUUGGUUUGUUACGCCACGCAAAGGAGAGUGAAAUAUACGAAGUUAGGAGCGUACACAAGCUACCAAUGAAAUGGAUGGCACCUGAAGCGCUAGAAAGCGGCAUUUUUACUUUCAAGACUGACGUGUAAGUAUAUGUUAACGAGGUCACAGUUGGGCCAAGCUUAGGCUUCCUGUAAUGCAGUGUGAAGUUGAGAUUUUAGAUAACAUAGACCUUGCAAUAUACUGUUUAGAACGGUCUGGAAAAAAAGAGCACAAUUUUGAUCAUGACACUGUCUACGGUAGCGGUUAUCACUCUAUCUAAAGAAAUACUCAAGUGUUUGGACAACAUUAGCCUGUUCCAGGCGUGAAUCUUGAAAAUAAGAUAUAUAAGCAGAAACCUUGAGCCGAUGAAGUUAAUCUGAGACCAUCUUGGGUACUAGAUUCCACGCUCCACAUCCCGCAUUCCAGAUACUAGAUUCCGGAUUCCAACUCAUUGUAUUCCAGAUUUCAAAAGGCCUAGAUUCCAGAAUUUCAUAGUUUCAAAGUCCAUGACUCCAAACAAAAAUUUCCUGGAUUACCAUCCAUGGGGCGAGAUAAACAAAACUGAUAUUUCUAUGAAUUUAAUUCUUGCUAUUUCUUUAUCUGCUUCCUUUUAUUGCAGAUAGUCGUUUGGAGUUGUUUUGUGGGAACUAGCCACCAUGGGUAAGCUAGUGUUACAAAUCUUUGUAUACUGAUGCUGGUAGAAUAAUACUCUAGUCAUUUUGUUAUACCUGGGGGAAUUGAGAGGAAUCCCCAAUGACAGUAGUUAGGGAAAAGCUGACUGUUCAGUUUUAGGAAAGCAGUCACGGGAAAAUCGAACCGCUUUGUAAAAGAAGCCAUUCUCGCAUAGUGUCGUGAUUGCUAAACAACUAGAAAAAAUAAUAGGCUAACUUCCGCCGUUCUCCCAGCCGUCUUUACCGGGGAGGAGCGCAGGCUCAUAAUAAUCCAGCCUAUAAGUCAUACCCUUAACCACAACUUGACCUGAUAUCACGUGUCACUUGGCGAAAUGAAUACUCAGUAAUGCUAAACUUGUACAUUACGUUAUUUUAAUCCCUCCUGGAGGUUGGUAAAUUGAUAAUACACGAUGGACAUUGAACUGAGUGGAGAGCAAUUUGGUCUGAAAUCAUAUGCGUGAUUUCGCGCGCGAGUUCGAUUUGAGAUCAGAAGUAUGAUUUCAGACUAAAAUUGCACGACACAAAGUGAAAUUAUCACUUUAUUACAGCCAUUUUGAAAUCGCAAAAUUCAAUCCGUACCAGCAGUGAUUGGCCGUGGCACCAGACAAGUUAGCUCGUUAUCCCCCAUACUCGUUAACAUAUAUUCUGAAGCCAUGCUAAGAGAUGCUUUAAGUAGUGUGAAUGAAGGUAUUCGAGUGGGAGGUCAUCUCAUUAAGACAGUGCGCUUUGCGGAUGAUCAAGCAACCUUAACCAGUUCGGUUAAAGGUCUGCAACUUAUGAUGGGUAAAGUGCAGGAAAGCACGGGGGAAUAUGAUAUGAAGAUCAAUGUUAAGAAGACUAAGGUGAAGAAAAUCAGUAAGAGGCCUGGUUAGGAAUUCACGAUGUUUCUUGAGGGUAAACAAUUAAGUCAAGAAUCGUCGCACCUUAACAACCUUGGGAGCCUCAUUACACAGGAUGGAUCCUGUGAAAAAUAAAUUAGAUCGAGAAUAGCCCGAAAACGCGUUUACUAAGAAAAAAGAACUGCUGACAAAAGCCUUCAGCGCGCUAGCCUUUGCCUGAAGAAGAGAAUUAUAAAGACUGUCAUCUGGGGUACUUUUCUGAAUGGAGCCGAAUGAUAGACCUUAAAGAAAGAGGACGUGCGAAGACUGGAGAGCUGUGGGAUGUGGCUUUGAAGAAAGGUUUUAAACAUAAAUUGGUCUGACAAAGUCUGUAACAAAGAAGUAUUGAGGCGUGUCGGUGAGGAGAGGGCCAUCAUAUCUGUUAUCAACAGAAGACAGAGAGUCUGGCUUGGUCAAACCCUACGACAUGGUGAUCAUGUCCCAUUAGUUAUUUAGGGAAGAAUACCAGGAAAGAGACCACCUGGAAGACUUCGAGCGGGAAUGCUGGAUAGAGUGAAGGAUGGCAGCUCUUACGUAGCGUACAAGGGGCGUGCCUUAGAUCGAGAACCAUAGGGAAGGACCUGCCUGUAGGCAGAUCAAAUAGCCUGUUGAAAAGCGGAAACAAAAGGGCUUUUACAUCUCAUUUUGUAUUUGAAACAGAAAUGAUGCGAUAUACACCAAGGUGCGACGGUGCGACGUGGCUUAGAACAUAAAUAACGCGAUUUAGAGCAGAUGUGAUUGUGUGAUUCGUAAAUAAAUUACACCGCUGAAAGCCAAUCAGAUUGUUGGGAUCACCAGCGAUUUCAAAAUGAAAAAUUAGAAAAGCCUGAUAAUCUUUGAUAAGACAGCAUUGAUCUUUAUUUUGUUAUUUUAGGGGGUACUCCAUACCCUGGGAUAAGCCCUAUGAGGUUAUGCAGUUUACUUAAAUCUGGAUAUCGGAUGGAGAAACCCAACACGUGCAGCGAUGAAAUGUAAGUCAGAAUAGAAAUAAUAAAAGACCUCCGAAUAGAGGGCACGAUGAAGAAAUACGUACUUACAUAGUCCUUCAAACAAAUUGUCAACCUUUUCCGAGGAGAGGAAACUUCAGCGCGCCUCUUUGCUUUAUCUUGCCCCAUUCUAAAAAGAGCCAAUAGAACAUAAGUGUCUUCAAUAUUCAAAGUAAAUGGAGACAUAUCUUUGUGUAGUGGUAUUUUAAACUAUAGCUUCCUUUUUCAACAGAUACAAAUUGAUGAUGGACUGCUGGAAGGAGGAUCCAAAUGAACGACCCUCAUUCGCUCAACUAAUACCGAUACUGGAAGAGAUGAUGACAGAAGAUACCCCUUACUAUUAUUUCAGACUAUUGGAUCAGAACCAGCCAUGUUACCGUGAGGCAUCCGCUUCUAACACCAGUAAAACUAGUACUCUUGAUACGAAGCUGUAA